CACUGAACCCUGCGGUCUAUAAAAAGGGGGGCAGAGGUUUAUAUCUUUCGACACUCUCUUCUUUCUUAAACCCUAAAACCUAAAAUCAGCUUCAGCCUCUCUCGAACGGCUGAAGCUUCUCUGCAAUAGUUCGAAAUGGGGAAGAAAUCUGCUCAACAGGUCGCUACAGCAGUCUCUGCUAGUCCACCAGCGAAAUCAGCUAAGAAAGGCAAGAGGACUGCCGAGGAGGCGUUGGAGAAACAAGUGAGUAUCAAGAAGCAGAAGUUAGCCGAGGAAGAGCUUCUGAAGAAACAGAAGAGUGCGGCUAAGACGAAGAAGAAGCAGGAAACAAGCAGCUCCGAGGAUGAUUCUUCAUCUGAAUCCGAAGAGGAGAAACCCAAUGUGAAGGCCAAAAAGUCGCCAGCUGUUGCCUCUAAGAAUGGCCUUGCGGUUGCUCCCAAGAAGAAACCAGAACCUAUCGAGAGUUCUGAUUCAGAUAGCAGCUCUGAUGAAGAUGAUGUAGCUGCAGCAAAGGCGAAAAAAUUGCCAGCUGCUAAGGCUAAGAAUAGCCCUGCAGCAGUGUCCAAGAAGAAAAAGGAAUCAAGUUCCAGUUCUGAUUCUGAUAGCAGCUCAGAAGAAGAUGUUAAGAAUGUGGCUAAGGUUGUGCCCCAAGCAAAGAAACUGCCUGCUGCUGUGGCUAAGAAUGGCCAUGCAGCUGGUUUAAAGAAGAAAAAUGAAUCAAGUGACAGUUCUGAUUCAGAUAGUAGCUCAGACGAGGACGAUAAAGCUCCAAAGGUUGCUAAGCAAGCCAGUAAAUUGCCAACUCCGGCCCCAAAGAGUACCCCUGCAGCGGCUCCCAAGAAGAAAGCUGAAUCAAGUGAUAGUUCCUCGGAGAGUGAUUCUGAGGAAGAUGAGAAAAAUGUUGCCCCCGGUCCUUCCAUUUCUAAGAAACCAUUGCUAGUGAAGGGUAAGCCUGGGCCAGCAGUGGCGAAGAAGGAAGAAUCUACUGGAAGUUCAUCAGAGAGUGAUUCUUCGGAGGACGAGGUCAAGGUCAAAGCUGCUGCUCCAUCUUUGUCAAAAGCUCCAGCAAAAAAGAAAGAAGAAUCUAGUGACAGUUCAGAAAGUAGCUCUGAUGAGGAGGAUGAGGCACCUCCUGCGAAGGUUUCUGUUCCUGCAAAGAGACAGCUUGUGAACACUAAUACAAAAGCAUCAAUGAAGACUGCUUCCAAGGAAGAUGAGAGUGAGGAUGAGAGCUCUGAAGACAGUGAUGAAGAACCUCAAAAGAAAAAAGUGAAAGUUCCACCUACAGGGAAUGUGGUGAAGCCUAAUGCAAAGGCUUUAAAGAAGGCAAGUAGCAGUGAUGAGAGCUCUGAGGAAAGUUCUGAUGAUGAGCCUUCCAAGGCACAAGUGGUAAAGAAGCUUGCCAAAGCAGCAAAGGAAAGCAGCAGUUCUGAGGAUGAUUCAUCUGAGGAGGAAAGUGAGGAGGAAGAACCUGCCAAGACUCCAAAGAACAAAGUGAGGGAGCUUCCUUCAAAAGCAUCGAAGGAAAGCAGUAGUUCUGAGGGGUCUUCUGAGGAGGAAGAUGAAGAUGAACAGCCUGUUAAGACUCCAAAGACCAAUAUCAAGAAAGACACUGAUGAAGUGAUGAUUGAUGCUGUGACACCUAAGCACAAUGCUCCGGCUACCCCAAAUGUUGGAACAACUGGGUCAAAAACACUGUUUGUAGGGAACCUAUCAUUCAGUAUUGAACAAGCUGAUGUGUUGGAGUUCUUCAAAAAGGCUGGGGAAGUUGUUGAUGUCCGUUUUGCAGUUAGAGAUGAUCAAUUUAGGGGAUAUGGCCAUGUUGAAUUUGCCACUGAAGCCGCAGCAGCAAAGGCUCUUGAACUGAAUGGUGAAGAUUUGCUGGGUCGACCUGUAAGACUUGACUUGGCCUUUGAGAGGGGCUCCUAUACCCCACAUAGCAGCAGAGAAGGCAACUCAUACCAGAAAGGAGGUAAAGGCCAGGGAAGGACUGUAUUUGUACGAGGUUUUGAUACCUCUGUUGGAGAGGAUCAGGUUCGGAGCACUCUGGAAGAGCAUUUUGGGUCUUGCGGAGAAAUUUCAAGACUGUCUAUUCCGAAAGAUUAUGAUACUGGUGCUCCCAAGGGGAUCGCUUAUAUUGAUUUCCCAAAUGAGGAUAGUUUCUCCAAGGCUUUAGAGUUCAAUGGAUCUGAGAUUGAAGGCUAUUCGUUGGUAGUGGAAGAAGCAAGGCCAAGGCCUGAUAACCGUGAUGGAGGUGGCAGUGGAAGAGGUGGUUUUGGCAGGAGUGGUGGUAGAGACGGUGGUGGUAGGAGUGGUGGUAGAGAUGGUGGUGGUCGAUUUGGAGGCUUUCGUGGAGGUGGUCGAAGUGGUGGCAGAGGAGGCCGUUCAGGAGGUGGUGGCAGGGGACGUGGCACACCCUUUAAGCCAAGCUUGGCAGCGGCCGGCACAGGGAAGAAAACAACAUUUGAUGAUUAGAGAAUGCUGCGGAUAUUGAACUGUCUUCCCUACUUUUGAUUCCGUCUGGCACUUUUCCAGCUCUUGGUAGAUUUAGAUGUGUUGUCUUUUGAUUUGUCUAUUAUAUGUGAUCGGAGACCUGUAUUUGAUUUGCAUAUAUUAUUUGAAUGAGAUAUAGAUGCUAAUGCAGGGAAGAGAACAUCAAUUUGAUGAGUAGAGAAAUAAGGGGGAUUUUGAACUGUAUUGCCUCCUUUUUGUCAUACCUUUUUGGCAUUUUCACCCAUCCUUUUGGCUUUAGAUUUAGACGUGUAGUACCUUUUUUUUCUUGUUGAACAUGAUUUAUUGAAUGAGAUAUGAUUAUUUGUGUCAA